AUGGUUGAAGCAAAAAACUUUUACACAAACUACGCCAUUAGAUGUGGCUUUGUUGUGCGCACUAGAACUUCUAAAAAAGAUAAAAACAACAAUGUCUACUACUUGAGAUUAGUUUGCUCAAGGGAAGGGAAAUAUGUGUCUUCCAUCAAACCCGAGGUAAAAACACUUCCAAGUCAAACUAAGCAAUGUUCUGCUGGGAUAACCAUUGCAAGGAAGGACGACAAGUGGUUUAUAAGAACCGUUGUUCUAGAGCACAGCCAUGAUCUUUGCCCUAAUAACUCAAAGCUAUUUGCUGUCAAUAGAAAAUUAAGCAUGCAAGCUAAACACACCUUGGAGGUGAACGAUGAUGCUAGAGUUAGGAUAAAUAAGAGUUUCCUUAGCAUCGUCACCGGUGCAGGUGGCUUUGAAAACAUGGAGUUCGUCGAGCGGGAUGCGAGAAAAUACAUUGGGCAACCCAGAAGAUCUUUAUGUAAGGAUGGUGAUGGUUAG